UCUCUCUCUCUUAUCCUAGCCGAUUUCGACCACAGCGACUGCAUUAUAUUCCCUAGGUGCGGGAACUAAGCUGGUCGGCCAGCUCGUGCGCCCUAAUGUGACUGCAGUAGGUAACCAAUCUUCGUCUGCAGUACUUGUCCACACCGAGAACAUGACAAUACUCCGUCUACGUAACUAUAGGUUAAGGCUGUAGGUGGUCGGGCCUUCAGCCAUCUCGCUUAUUAUUAAGGUCUACUUUUCUUCGCGCCUCGAAACCGUCAACCUUCAAUUGCACCAACCGCCUCCACUCCGGACGCUUCGCCGCUAGCAUUUCCCACUCAGAAGGAUCAAUACUGACAAAAUUACAUCGCUUCAUGGAGCAUUACACGGGUGGUCUCGUACGGACGCAUUUUAUUUCCUGUGUUGCGACUUUUUUUCGCCGUUUAAAGCAAGCGAUUAUUUUUCUGUGCAUAUUUCUGACCAUUAGUCACAGAAAAGGAAACUCUUGUACCUGUCAAUCUUCAGAAAAUUUGCGUUUGUAACGGGACAACGGUAGAAAAUUUCGUGGAAUGCUCCUCAGGUGUCUUUACUGAACUUCUUUAUUACUCACUCAAUUAUGCAAUUGUUAAAUAAAGUAAGUCAGCUUCAUGUUUAUUUGUCUUGAGGUUUUGACCAUGGGGCCCUAUCGGUUCCGCGAGUCCGUUAUCAGUUGAGCAACUAUUCAAAACAACUUAUAUUUAAACCGAGUAAUCUACCAUAAUGACUCUGUUGCUGUAUAAUUAAGGUUUAUUAUCGAAGAUACUUGCGCUGGUAAGUCCAAGAACGUCAGCGAUUCAGUUGGGUUAACCAUUUAGGUAUGUUACAUUCAUUUAAAUCAACAUAACUUAUUCAGACAUUGCCGAGUUGACCGACGAAUCGUCAAAAAUGUCGCUAAAAUUGUUUUUGUUAACGUUUUUAACUAUUCAAGUAUCAUGCGAGCAAAAGGCCAGUUUAGCAUUUGUAAUAGACAAUUCAGUGGUUUCAGCUGGUGACAUGUUUAAAGUGAAAUCAUACGCGAAAGAUAUGGUGAAUAUGAUUCUGAACGAAGUUUUAAUUGAUGACAUAUUAGUGAUCACGUUUAAUGAGCCAGAGAUCACUAGAACUAUGACUCAAGACAUUCGACUAGUAAGGAAGGCAUUCGACUUGAUCGACGUCAAAAGUGAAAACGUCGGCCCAGAGAUGGCGCUGUCAGGUAUCGUGAAAGGCCUCCAAGAGAGCCAGAUUGGCUCGUACCUGUACGUUUUUACACAUUCUUCACCCAAAGACUACGACAGGUUUCAGGAAGUAAAAACACUGUGUCAGAGAAAGAAAAGCAAGAUCUUUUUCAUCCUAACCGAUGAUAGCCAAGCGAAAGAUUCACAAAUGGAUGAUAUUUAUAACCACAUAACAGUGGAGUGUGGCGGGGAACUUAUUCGAAUAAGUAACAGUCAACUAGAUAAGACCUUCCAGUACAUAAGAGAGAGCAUAAAAGUUGCCAAGAAUGUUAUAAAGUCUACAUUACUACCUUCAUCACAAAGAAUAGAGAUAAAAUUCAACAAACGCGAAUCCAACGAUUAUGUGUUGGUUUCUGCGUCGGGACAAGAUGUUGAGCUGAGAGUAUUCGACGAAAAAGGCAGUAGUAUUGGAAAUUACGUGGCCUGGACGGAUAAUCUCAAGGCGCUGAAAUUGGAGCAUUUGGCCAACGGCGAAAUCACUGUCAAGGCGAAAAGCAGAAACAACGGUCACUUGGCGGUCUUCGGGCACAUCCCAGUGCAGCCAGUUAAGGACGAUCUGCACGAUACAAAUCGCAAACCACGGCGUUAUGGAUAUCACUAUUUAAGAUAAGAUAUUAUCGGCGAGACAAAAGCCCACCGCCUCCGAAGAUAAAGAAGAAGAAUUAAGAUGAUCGCGGCCCUAAAAAUGGCAUACUUGGGACGCUUAGUAGGGCGGAGCUCGGAAGCUAAACGGACAGCCCAAAUGUCGCUGGGGCAAUGCUGUUGAAGUGGACUUGCGUGAUCACCAAGCUGAUGUCUGGCGGGAGAUUCAGGGUCGGAGUGGGUGACAGGGUCGAGACAACUGGCGUGUACUCGUGUCGGAGGCCAACACUCAUUGGGGUCGCUGAAUCAUUAAUUAGUAGGUAGUAGCAGUAAGAUACGAUUAAGUUGGGCUUGUAUUACAGGCAUCGUAGGAUAUUUCGAGAUACCUAGAUUUUAUUUUGCACAGUUUCUUUCGCUAACGUCGUAUAGCAUGCUGUUAUGGGGAAAGUCGACAGAUGCUUUUUACCUUCUUUUUUAUUAUACCCUACAGAAAGCGAAAACGAGUUAAACUACAAAAAUAACUAGUCACAAGAACACACUAUUAGGUUUAUUGACCUUUUAUUUUGUAUACUACAAGAAUGUGAUUGUUUGAAUCAAAAGAAGGCCAGUGAUCAUGAAAAUUAAUUUUAAACAUCCACUAAACUGAAUAAGCGAGUAUUAUAAUAUAUACUUAUAAGUAGUUUUGUUAGUUUAAUGUCACUAUUUAAUUUGUAAUAUUAUUGUAAUAGUACAUUACGAUACAAGUGCGAAAAAUAGGAAAUUCGAAACGAGUGGCGAUAAAUUAAAACACGACCGAAGGGAGUGUUUCAAAUCGACACGAGUUGCGAAUUACCUAUUCGCACAUGUAUCGUACAACGUUUUACAGUACAUAUGGCCCUUUAAAUGUUCGACACAGUAACGUAAUAUGCUACUUCUCGCACUAGUGCUAUAAAGUAGCCCCAUAUGUACUGUAAAUUAUUUUUUAACUAUAGGUUUUAUUGACGGUAUACUUGACGGCAACUUGAUGAGGUGACAUCGGCCCUUCCACCAAUGAAAUCCGUCUGUGUCAUCGGAAAACUAGUUUAAACAUGACCUUGAUUGCGUAAAAAUGGGUUAAGUGGUAAACAAAAGUGUUAAAAAAUAAUAAACGGUUGGUUGGUGUGUCAUUUACAUUUUAAAAAGUCAUUUAAAUACUAAAGUAAUUAUAUUUAUUUAUUAACAUAGAAUUUUCGCGUAACCCAGAUAAGUUUUCAUUGAAUGCAAAUAUUUUUUUGUAUUGCAUGUUUAUCAAUUUGGUUACUUUCCAUUGUUGUUGACUAAGUUACAAUUAUCACUUACUAAUAUGAAGUUUUGACAAUUAUGCACAUAAAAAGAAACUACUUGUACUUAAUUAUAAAUAAAAACAUAAUAUGCUGAUACUGUACCUUAAGGGCCUUUUUCACAAUAUCCAAGUAAAGUCCUUAAUAAGCUACUUGCCACUUAUCUGACGAAUAAGUAGGUACCUUAACCUUAAGGGCCUUAUUGACAAUGUCCAAGUAAAGUCCUGAAUAAGCUACUUGCCACUUAUCUGACGAAUAAAGUCAAAAUUGGCGUUUAACAAUCUUCAAAUAAGCUUCACUGGUAGUUAUAGUGCUAAGUUUUGCAGAAAGUUUUAUCUGGCAGUUAAUUUAUGUGUUAAUUAGCUAUCCAGACUUUACUUGGACAUUGUGAAACAGGCCCUAAUUCAAUUGUAAUUUAUGAUAAAAGGUAGCACAUUUUUACUAUAAGAUGUGCGUUAAAUAAAUAAAAAACCAUAAUUA